CCCCGUCGUACGUUGAUACUGCUGUCAGCGAAGUUCGAAUAGAAACCACUUAAGUAAAACUUUAAGCUAGUACGGCGGCCGCACAACAUUCAUGCGUUUUUGAAUGCUUAAUUUGCUCAGUAGAGCCUCCACGUUCAAAUAUAUUUCCCUUCUCUACCUCCUAGCGAAACUUGUGAGUCACUUCGCGCCGCUCCAGGACGAGCUGGAAAAAGCGUGCAGCAGUCAAUCGGGUAGUACCCUCGAUCAUGCGGAAUCUGAGCGAUGCUUCUAUCGACCUCACACACGGCAGCUUGGCAACGUCCUUGGUGAUGUUGCGGGGUCCUCGCACUGCGUCGGGUGGGAAAGGUCCAGAGCCCUGCGGCCCCGACGAAGUAAACGUGCUGGCCACGCAAAUAGCGGCACACGAUGUCCUCGAGGAGUCAGGCACACGCACGAAAGCCAUCGGGAAAGCCGUCGCGGUGCAGGGUAAGGGUCUAGAAGCCUUGGUCAAAGCAUACUUGGGCACUGUUGCCCCUCACGUAUAUCGCAAGGGGGAGACAGCGAAACAGAAGGACUUUCUGUUCACUCAUGGUGAAAGCAAGUCAGACACAGGUGAUGAAAGCGGCGCGGGUGCGCAUGGCACCAGCGCUUUGUUGAUGAAACCGAUACGACAUUAUCUCCGCUCUCAUGGGACGGUCACUGGCUCAACGGCUCUAACUUGCGGGCCGAAGCCGACAGACACGAACCUCCAAUUGACGGUCCUUAUGCAGAAUACGAAGAAGGUAGUCGAUACUUCUAGCGCUUCUCAUCUUGAAUGACGUAGCUGUGAACUCUGAAGCACCUUCCAUCCUCUACUAUUGCUUCUGGAAUAUGCUGAUCGUUAUUUUAUCCUUGUCAAAUAUUUUCAUUGAUAUCAGCUGCUACGCCAGAGAAUGGGGCAAAUUUCACUUCUUUUCAACCAUCUCCAGACCGCAGACGAUGUGCAAGCGAUCCUUCACGGGAAGGAAAGCGGGAACCCGCCAGUGAGUGUUUCCGACGGUUCACUGGAUCGCGCAAUAUCUGACAACCUCGAACUGCAACAAAAGCUUGACGGUCUGGCGCGCUCACUACGGCAGAUGCGAGAAGUGACUGUGACCAAUAUUGACCAGGUCCUGCAGCGGCGACUGUCCUUGGCACAACUUCAAACAGAACCUGCAGACGACAACGAUGUUCCUGGCUCGACUUCGGAGGGCGCCGCUCCGCCAAUAGCCUGGGAAGCUAUGUCGUUUGGUGGGAAAGCCGACGGAGCAGGAGCCGCAGUAGACGCAGAUGAAGAUGAAACCAGUGGAACGAGUGGGGGUGGGCAUGGAGAUGGUAUCCAAGACGGAGCAUUAGACUCACAGAUUGCGAAAAUGAAGCCUGAAGGGGUCGAUAAAGUGUUCGCAAAUCGCUUUGGACAUCAUGCUGCAGGACACCAAGCAGAUGACGGCGAGACACACGGAGGUGCAGGUGCUGUUCCUGCAGCUGCAUCUUCCUCUAGUGAUAGAGAGAGAGACUCGUCCCCUGUCACCACAGCAAAUCAUGCAGGUGCCGCAGACGAAAAAGCUAAAGCUGGUGCCAACAGCUCUGCUUCUGCGAAGGAGCGAAGUAUUCUGGGAGUUUUUCCAGAAAUUGGCAACACUGUUGGCAGCGAGGUGCUGAAGACAGAAAAAAAAGAACUCGCGAAUAUAAUCGUGGAGGCGGACAUGAAAAACCGAGGUGCGGAUACAAGGAGAAAAGCGAUAAAGGCUAAGAAGGCCUUUGCGUUGUUUUUCGACGAGAUGAAAGACACAUUAAAAGGUACGGGUCGACGAACGCAGUACGAACCGGACACUGGAGGCGGAGUAAGGGACCUCACUUUGCAGGAGCUGGCAGAGGGUAUCGGAAAGGCGAGACGCAUGCUGUACGAAAAAUACGUGAAACCGCUCGGCGAAGAUCUUUUUACGCAGAUUCUGCGCGAGGAUCAAAGUCUUUAUUCAAAGAUGCGCGCCUUUGCCCAACGCUUUUAUGGUAUCCAACCCAACAGUGUAACGGAUACACCUCAACUACAGACUCCCCUUGAGAGUACUGUUGGAAGUGAAGCUGCUGGUGCUAACGCGGGGCAACAAGAUAAUGCCGUGGGCAAGGACGCAUCCUCCAACACGGUAUCGCCAGAGGACGAAGAUACAGCAAGCAUUAAAAAGCCGCCGAUGCCAGCGCAGUGCUUCACUUGUGGGGAGCCGUUGCUCCGGUCGGCACAAACGGCCAUUGGCAGUAGUGCGUAUCAUCUUCUCCGUGCGAAACUAUAUGCCGGUUAUGUCGCAACUCUCGAUGCUGCGACGGGAGAGACAGGUAUCACUCUGUUGUAUGAUGUUUUUGGAGAUGUAGAUGAUCUGGUUGUUCAAUGUAGUUCUUGAAGUAUAGAAUGCCAUUGGAGGAAGUGCAACGAGGACACGAGAACAAGAGGCCUUGCGUUCAUCUAGGAUCGUCGUUCAGUUUUGCGACCACCAUUUUCACCUGAAUCAUCCACAGCUUUUCCGAUUAAAUACUCUUUCCCGCUGGACUUGAAGAAGACCCAUUGUAGUCCUGCUCUGCCGCUCUUGAAAUUUGGAAUGCAGAGCAACGCGAUGAUACCUUUGGUUGAGCGUGCUGCUGAGGCGAACCGCAUUGUGGGUAGGGAGCUCUUCCUUGCGCAGAGUGAGCUUCAACUAUCGCAGCCAGAUCUGGCAGCGAUUCAUCGACGUCCGGUGUUGGAGCCAGUACCUAAAGUGCUGAGUCGAAUCUUUGCAGAAUGCUAUGAAAAUGAUGGGGCUCCGAAAAAAGCGCUCCGCUAAGCUCGAUAACGGCGACAAAAAGUUGGCGUGAACGGUUACAAAGCGCGGCAAUUGCUGGGAUGAAGGUGGCUAAGAGGAGCAUCACUGUGGCGAAGGUGGAUGAUCUGAUGAACAAUACAAGGGCAAGACAAUCACAGGUAAGCUGAAAAAAAAUCUUACGUCGAAAGUGAGAGACAAUCUUCCGCAAGGGAUGGAUAGAUGAGAUGUGCAGCUCGACCAACGAACGGACCACUACUCGCUUUUUCAGAAUACCAAGUCCAUGACUCCUGAUGUCAUUAUACGUCUUAAAACUACCGAAAAAAUGAAAAUCUUCCAAGAAAAGUAUCUUCUACAGACAAGAACCUAACUAGCUGAUCGAUAUAUGAUCAAGUAUGCCUUUAGGACGAAAACAGAGCUGCUAAGUCGUCCUAAAACCUAGAUCACCAAGAUCAUGGUCAAGGCUAUGCAUAGAAUAAAUCAUGGAAGUAGAUGAUAUCGAGGAUGAUGUGUCCGACAAUAUGGGAGAUUAUGACGUAUGAAAAGUUCAAACACGAUUUGAAGGUCCUG